UGGGUUGGUUCUAUACCCUUCGGCUUUUGCUGUCUCUGCUCUCCCCUAACCAAUCUUCUGCUUGAACGCUUUGAACAUCGUGCUAUCGUCGCGACAGGAUCGGCGAUCUCAUCGGUCGGCAUUAUUGUGACGUCAUUCAUGCCAUCCCUUUCACCGAUGUACUUCUCGUUCAGCUUUGCAUUUGGCCUUGGAUCCGGGAUGAUAUUAUUUGGUUGCUUCAAUCUCAUCCUCGCCUAUUACCCCCUCAAGAAUUCAACCAGGGCCACGGUCAUACCCAUGGCUAACACGAAUCUGGGCGUUUUUUCCCUUGGACCUUUGACCUACUUUCUGCAGACACGAUACGGAUGGAGGAACAUGCUAAGAAUCAUGGGAUCGUUGAUCGGGAUCGUCUGCAUACCUUUAAGUUUUCUGGUUUUGAAACCGCCGUCUAAAUCCGACACGGAAGACAAAAUAGGUUCGGCGUCCGAUAUUGGAACGAUGAAAUACUCCGAGAUCGCUUCUUCUAAAGAGGAUAUUGCUGAUGAUAAUCAAAGUGAGGGUAUCGAAAUUCAAAACGAUUCUCCGAGGCAUGAAAUAUCUCCAGAAACGGACGACAUCAUUAAUGGGUGUGAUGUUUUUAACAACACUUUGAGGAAAGGCGAAGGGCGAGCAUUGGAUAUCAAAGUUCUACCGUAUCAAAAAAGCGAAACUCAUCACAAUCUCAUUUACAGCAUUCUUCGUACUCUAUUGUAUCCAGAUGUCUUAUUGCUCUCAUUUACUGUAUUCGGAUAUGGUCUUGUGAACUCAUUUUUGGCCAUACAACUGGUAAACUUCAUGAUUUCUAUCGGGCACACGGCAGAGCAAGGAACACAGGCCGUCAUGGUCAUGAGCAUCUCCGUCAUGAUCGGCAAAAUAGUGCUAGUCCUGUUUGCGGACAUGGCGCCGUUUCCUAAACUUGGCUUCCUCCCAAUCUCUAGUUUCAUCGGAACUGGUAUACUAUUUGCAUUCCUAUGGGUGCAUCAACUCGUCGCUGUAUUGGUGAUGACGGCAGCAUUGGGUGUAACGGUGAUGAGUGUAUGUGACAGUCUUCCAUAUUCAAUUACCAACAAUACCUUCGGUGUUUCGAUAGGAACCCAUGCCUUAUCAAUUAUCGCCUUCUUCCAUGGAGCUGGAUUCAUCUUAGCCUCUCUCCUAGGUGAGAGCGUAGAUCGGACUGGUUCUUACGACGUGGCUUUCUACACCUGCAUUGGGGUUUACGUCGUUUGUGCCUCGUUUUGCAUUCUAGUUCCCGUUUACCAAAAGUGUUUUGUCAAAGACCGUUUUAUCAUGGACGUUUUCAUCGGAUGCAAACAUAGAGUAAAGAAACAAAAUAAACAAAUGUCAUACGAAAAGGAGAAAACACGGUGUGUAGAUAAAGAAGAAAUAACACACAUUGUCACUGAUAUGGUGUCUUCGGUAUAACGGAGUGAUGUCUUAAAAUGUCCUUUUCAAAGCCACACAAAGUGAUCAAUAGGUGAAUAUACAUGAUGUAGGUGGUCAGUAGCGUACCGUGGGUAACGACAUGGGGGCACCAGCAAAAUGUUUGAGUCACUUACGCGCAAAGCGCGCUCAGUUGCCAGGUAUUUUUUAGGACAGUGUCAUUAAACGGAUAUGUAUCUCACUGAUCAAAUAAUACGAGCGCGAAGCGCGAGCUGAAUUUUUUUUAUAUUGAAACCUAAAAAGGGACAUUACAAUCAAAUUUUUGUCUCGCUAAACAAUGCGAACGCGAACCGCGAGCUGAAAUUUUUGUAAUCAUUUUUUCUCGCUAAAUAUUCCGAGCGCGAAGCGCGAGCUGAUAUUUUUUGUAUAUAUUGACCCCAAACAUGGACAUUUUAAGGACUAUAUUUUAGGAAUCCAUUAAGAGUAUACUUAUCUCACCAUAUUCAUCUAAUGCGAGUUACAAUCAAAUUUUUGUCUCGCUAAACAAUGCGAACGCGAACCGCGAGCUGAAAUUUUUGUAAUCAUUUUUUCUCGCUAAAUAUUCCGAGCGCGAAGCGCGAGCUGAUAUUUUUUGUAUAUAUUUACCCCAAACAGGGACAUUUUAAGGACUAUAUUUUAGGAAUCCAUUAAGAGUAUACUUAUCUCACCAUAUUCAUCUAAUGCGAGUGCCAAGCGCUUGCUGAUUUUGUUAGAAUUACAUCUAUACACAUGAAGCACUUGUAGUCAUUGUAAUCAUAAUCAACAUACGCAUCUCAUUAAUCAAAUAUCGCGAGCGCGAAGCGUGAGCUAAAUAAAUAGGAAAUUCAGACCUGAAGAGGGGUAUUCUAAGACUUGUUUGUAGCAAUUCACUAAGACCAUACGUAUUUCACUAACGAAUUAAUGUAGGAUGAUACCCAAUUACCCAUCCUUUUCAUGAUUUACAAAACACGAAUAGAAUGUCCCGCUUUUAGGUCUAAAAUCUAAAUUUUCUUGCGCUCGCAUUAAUUGUUUAUAUACUUAUCCCUUUCAUGAUUACGAAAAGUGCUUGGACUGACAUUUUUAUAGUUCGGAAUGUCAAAAAAAAAUUAUCGCGCUCGCAUUAUUUAAUUGUUGAAAUACAUAUCAUCUUUUUCAUGGGUAACUGAAAACUGUCCUCAACAGGUCCCUUUUCGGUUCUGCUCGCGCUUGGCGUUCGCGGUAAUAAUCUAGCUACAUAGGAUCUUGUUUAGGCUCACAAACAUUGCUACCCAGAAUGUUAAAUUUUCAGGACAAAAUGCAUAAAAUUUCCAAAAAGAAUUAGCUCGCGCUUCGCAAUUUUUUUUUUUAUAUAGGGCUUAUCUGAGAUGAUAUCAUAUUUUUGUUGUUUUAUAAAAUAAAGCUAAGAAGUGACUGUGAGGACUACUACCACUUCAAACAAAGAAAUAUCAACUUGAGCGGCCGAUCGGACCCACCCCCUAUUGGCGAAAGUUUGAUCCGCCCCUGUGACACACACACAGAAAAAAAUUGUUUCCCCCAUUAACAAGCAAGGACCCCCUAGUGCCCCCCACCCCCAGGAAAAAAAUUGAUAGCUACGCCACUGAAGCACGGACAGGAAAUGUUUUAUUUUAAGAACUUAAAAUGGGGCAAUCACUUUAAGGAGUCAUGAAAAAGAAGCGUAUGUCACUACAAAAAAAUAAUUAUAACUCGAAGUGCGAGGAAAUGUAUUUGGUGUGUAUAUUGCGUUAAAACUGGAGGUUUUAGUACACCUGGGGGUGUUUCACAAAGAUUUAAGUAUGACUUAGAGUCGCACUUAAAUACCAAGUUGCGUACGGUAUGAAAGGCUUGACCGCAUUGGUCAGAUCGUGUCAUGAGGACGCGCACUACUGCGUGUCUAUCAAUAAGAUCGCGCGUUCCAUAUCAUGUAUGCGUAGGCAUUUAAGUGCGACUUAAGUCAUACUUAAAUCUUUGUGAAACACCCCCAGCUUUAUAUACUGUAUCUCGUUAAACAGACAAUGAAGAAGAAGAAGUUAUAAAAAUAUUUCUUAUGUAAUAUAACAUAACAUAAUUAUAAUAUAAUAUAACAUAAUGAACAAUAAUUUCUUCUUCCCCACUACGUUUCUCUUUCUCCCCCUUUAUCUGCUUUUCCUUCUUCUUUUUUUUUUUUUUUUUUUUUGGGGG